UGAUUGUGAAGCUGGAUUACAGUUUCAUGCAAGUUCAUAGGACUUUGCAAUAUUUAAUAGUUGCCUGACUACCUGUACUGGACUGUGUUGUGAUUUUUGUCAUCUUACAUUGGAAGUUGGUUCUGUUAGGCUAAGCUUAGCUUGCACCAUUUUCAUUCAGGAUUGAGGGCAAGGAUUAAGUAGGAUGGCCACAGCGGUGCGAAGGUUUCAUCUUCAACCCACCUCAACAGAUGACAGUAUUGCUUCCAAUUUCACUCAUCCAAUGAGGAUGACAAGCACCUCAUCUUCACUUAACCGCCCUGUUGAGGUGUGCAUAUUUUUGAAGACUGGUAACGUGUACGAGUUUACGUUGGAUAGUGGCGGAAUGGUUACAGCGGCAGCCCUGCAAGAGAUGAUGCUGGAGACGCUAGAUCUAUCGGAGGCUGCAGACGAGAUAUUCUAUAUUUGGCUUAUCUCUCCUCUUCUCAAACUUCAGUUGAAACCCAAUCAUAUUCCUUUAAAGCUAUGCAGACAGUGGCACGAACUCUUGCAGAAAUUUACAAAUGCAACCAACGAACAAAUUGCAGCUGAUGAACCUUGUGUGUAUUUUCUGCGGAAUGCAUUCUAUCCAAAACAGAAAGAAUUACAGUUAACAGACGACAAAAUUUUAAGGCUUCUAUUUUACGAAGCCAGGGAAAAUGUAUUAGAAGGCGUGUACGGAUGUGAAAAAGAUGAAUAUGAGUACUUGGCAGGAAUUCUAGCGUAUAUAGAACACGGAAGGUUUGACCCAAAGAAGCACACGCCAAUUUUCCUGAGUCUUUCUAUUGAAAAUCUGCUGCCCCCAAGGUUAUGCAGGCAAAGAAGUCGCAAAGUGUCACCAAGAGCAAGUCAGAAGGUGUCCAAGACAUUUGACGUUGAGACUAGAGUCUUAAGCCAUUGGCAGAAAGUCUCCACAAUAGUAAAAUGCAAAGCAGACUGCAACAAGAGUUUUUUGGAGUUCUUAUGGAAGAUGCCAAUUUAUGGGAGUGUGUUUUUCACAGGGGAAAUAGAAGAACCUAACACAAGUAAAAGCAUUGUUGGUCAUAGUUAUAAACUUGUAUAUGUUGGAAUUAACAGAGAUGGGGUAUAUCUUGUGGAUCUACGCAAACAGGAACUUCUACUAGGUUUGUUAUAUGAUGAUUUAUCCUGGGAGUACACGGAGCGAGAUCAGAAUGGUGAAGCUUCAGUGCCGUGUUUGUGGUUGGAGUUUGAUGCAAUGGAAAGCGGCAAGAAGGUCUCCAAAUUAUUACGAAUAUUUUCAAAGCAGGCUCCUAUGAUGAAUGGAAUGAUCCAUGCAUGUAUAGAAGAGCUUAACAACCAAGACAAGGAAAGCUUAGCCCCUCCGCCAUAUGAUACUGUAGAUGGUUGCGACCUAGGUGUUGUAGAGGGUCCAUGUACAGGGAUCGAGAGAUUAAAUGACAAAGAUUUCAAAGAAAUCCCAUUGGACGAUGAUGAUGAUAAUGAUGAAGAAAUCAAGGAUGAUAACCUAGAAGAAAACCGCAAAGAAAUUAUAGAAAAUGAAUUGAGGGCUCACACAACUAAAGUUAGGUUGUCGUCUGCUCCUCCCUGUUUUCAAAGAACACGAGCAACGACGGUGCAAUCAAGACCUCCCCACCGACUAGGACUGGACACGGUAGAUGGUGCGGGAAUUACAAGAGCCAAAUCACUUGAUGGAAGAAACAGAGCAUAUAUGACAUUGCCAGCAAGGAAACCAAAGGUGACGCUGUGUAAGAAAAUGGAUAAACUUUGUCUUUCAACAUUUUCCGAAACAGGGGACAUGAUUACACGAAAACCCAAGUUAAGUCGACCAUUUUCUAUGACAGGGAUAUUCCAUAAGUCCUAAAAUUCAGGUGGUUUGUGAAUUUUUGCAGAUAAAUGAUGUAAACAUGAUUAUGGUAUUUGUCAUAUUAUUAUUAUUAUUAUUAUGGUAUAUGAUCAUAUUUACAUACAGGUGUUUGUAGGAGUUUUAGAUGAUCAAAUUUGCAUACAGGUGCAUGUGUGAAAGGGAUUUGAAUAAAUUCGAAACACAAGGAAUGUUAGCUAUGCAGGUAUUUGAGUUUCUGAGGAAGAAAUUUAAAUAUAUGUGCAGAAAUCUAUUUUUUAAUUGUUCUUUAUUUAGUGUGAUUUAAUUUUUAAUGAAGACAUGGAAAAUUCCUAUAACCAAUUCUGUAGUUAUUGAAUUCUGAGGAAGAUUUUUAUAGAUUCUGGUGGCAAUAUUAAUGUUCUGUUAUAAUUAAUUUGUUGUUGGGUGUGUGUAUGUGUAUGGUGCGGUGUUUGUUGGUUUUAGUUUGUGUCUGUGUAUGUGAGUGUUAGCCUUCAAUUUACCAAAUUAUUUACAUACCCACCAUGUUACUUACUGAAUAUGUUCAAUGUCUAAAUAAGGUAUGUAGUCAAAUAUUAAAUAUGUAAAAUAUCUAAAUAAGGUACUUAGUUAUGUACAGAAUAUGUAAAAUAUCUAAAUAGGUGUCUGUAUUAAUUUACAAAAUAUCUACAAUGAAGUCAGUAUUUUCCCCCUGCUCAGUUAAUAAAAACUCAUAAUAAUAAGCAAAAUAUUAAUAGUUAAUUUUAAGCCUAUAGACUGCCAGAUAUAAGCUAUAUAAGUGUUCCAUAGUAAAAUAAUAGGUUCACUGUCACUUAUUGGAUAUAGGUACUAAGAUUUGAAUAUAUACAAUCUCUUAAUAAGCACCCAGUCACUUAUUCAAGAUAUACAGUCUAUAUAAAUAGGUAUUGAAUUUCUAAAUAAAUAUUUAUUCAUUUAUUGAUAUCUAAAUAGGUAUCUUUUUGAAUAUGAACAAUUUAUAAAUAGGUAACCCGUGAUAUAUUGAAUAUUAUAUGGUUUAUAAAAUAAAUUAUAUAAUUAUA